UAUUUAAGCAGAAAGCCGAGGCUGUAUGAACUAGGCAUUCUUUUGUUAAACGUCAAAAUGAAGGUUAUUCUCUGUCUCGCUAUUUGCGUCUUUGCUCAGUCUAUGGGCCAAGUUCUUCUCCCCAUUGAGAGGAACUGGUCUAAAAUCGAGGAGAAAUGGGCCGAUCCUACCGCUCCCCGUCACAUCCCUCGUGCUGAAGAGAUCCCCUUGAGACACAAGGCAACCCGUGAAUCCAAGGACUUCCGUGCCGCUUGCGGUGUAGCCAACCCCGCCCGUAUCAUCAACGGAGCUGAAGCUACUCCCAAUGAAUUCCCGUGGGUCGUUGCUCUUUUCAUCAGCGGUGCAUCUUUCUGUACUGCUUCCCUGAUUUCCGAUCAGUGGAUUUUGACUGCCGCUCACUGCGCCGAUGGUGCUCUGUACUUUGAUGUCUACUUGGGAGCUCACAAUCUUAAGGUCCCCGAGCCAACCCGUCUCGAGAUCCGCGCAACUGAGAUAUACAUCAACCCCAACUGGAACCUCACUACUUUGAACGGAGAUGUUGCUCUCAUCAAGCUACCAGCUCCCGUUGACAUCAGCGGAGAUCUCGUCCGCCCCAUUUGCCUCCAAGACCCAACUGACACCAGCUUGUACGUUGGCGCUGAAGCCCAUAUUGCCGGAUGGGGAAAGCCUGUCGAUGGACCCGGUGGUAUCAGCCCGACAUUGCAGAAAUCUACCGUCACUGUCAUUUCCAACGCUGAAUGCCAAAACUCCUACGGCUCUCUCAUCAUUGGAGAUUACAUAAUCUGCACUUCCUUCACUGACACCAACUCUGGCACUUGCAACGGAGACAGUGGCUCUGCCUUGAGCGUCAUUAACGCCAACGGACAAUACACUCAGAUCGGUGUUACCUCCUUCAUUUCAUCCCCUAUAUGCGCAUCCGGAGACCCCGACGGAUAUGCUCGCGUUUCCAGCUACCUGCCCUGGAUCAGCAGCAUCACUGGCUUGGUUCUUUAAAAACAUCUUUAAAGAAAAUUGCGGAUUCGGCUAUUUGUUCGAACCGGAUAUUACGAAUCCAUGUAAUCGAUGAAAAAAAAAAAAAAAAAAAAAAAAGUUUCCAUUGGCAAAUCGUUAAAA